AACGGUUUCUUAGUAUCAUUCUCCACUCUUGUUUUCAUUUUCAAUUUUUUCUCAACAUUUUUUGAUUUAAAUACACUUUGAUACACACAUUCCAUUCCUUUCAUUUAUGCAUUUCUUCUUCUGCAACCUCUCAUCAUCAUGGCGGGUCUCUACUCUUCUUUAAGACCCAUUGCCUCUUCUGCUGCUUCUUCUUCUUCUUCCUCUUCUUCAACCGCUUUCAAUUCUCGUCUUCUCUUGCUCUUAACGCUCCUUCCUCUCACUCUCGCUUCUUUCGCUUUCGUUCUUCAAUGGCGGGGCGAAUUGACUGACCCGGUUGCCCGAUGGUCCCCUGAUCACCAUGAGUUCCCCGGUAUGGCCAACACUUUCUCUGACUUGUCCCUCCGGAAUUCCAGGUCGGGUUGUCUCGAUCCUCUGGGUCGGAGCAACACUCCCUCGUUCCCUUAUUUUAGGGACUGGAAGUUUGAUUUCGGGUCGGAUCUGAAGCCUAAGAUAUGUAUUACAUCAAGUACUUCUGCUGGGCUAGAACAGACUUUACCAUGGAUCUUUUAUCACAAGCUUAUUGGUGUUUCAAAUUUUUUUCUUUUUGUGGAGGGGAAGGCUGCCUCUGCUAACGUAUCGAAAGUCUUGGAAUCAAUUCCUGGGGUGAAAGUGAUAUUCAGAACAAGAGAAUUAGAGGGACAACAAGCUAAAAGCCGCAUCUGGAAUGAGAGUUGGUUGGCAAGCUUCUUCUACAAACCAUGUAAUUAUGAAUUAUUUGUGAAGCAAUCCCUGAAUAUGGAGAUGGCUAUUGUCAUGGCAAGGGAAGCGGGCAUGGAUUGGAUUUUUCAUCUUGACACCGAUGAACUAAUACAUCCAGCGGGAACUCGAGAAUACUCCUUGAGACAAUUGCUGUUAGAUGUACCUGCAAAUAUUGAUAUGGUCGUCUUCCCUAAUUAUGAGAGUAGUGUUGAGCGAGAUGAUAUCAAGGAACCUUUCAGUGAGGUUUCUAUGUUCAAGAAGAACUAUGACCAUCUUCCCAAAGACGUAUAUUUUGGCAAUUAUAAAGAUGCAACACGUGGAAAUCCAAACUACUUCCUAACAUAUGGAAAUGGGAAAUCAGCCGCUCGUAUUCAAGAUCAUCUUCGUCCUAAUGGUGCUCACAGAUGGCACAAUUACAUGAAGAACCCAAGUGAGAUCAAAUUGGAUGAGGCUGCUGUCCUGCAUUACACAUAUCCCAAGUUUUCUGAUUUGACUUCAAGACGUGACCGGUGUGGCUGCAAGCCUACAAAGGAGGAUGUUAAAAGAUGCUUCAUGCUGGAAUUUGACAGAGCUGCAUUUAUAAUUGCCUCAACUGCAACAGAGGAGGAGAUGUUGCACUGGUAUCGCGAACACAUUGUGUGGACUGAUAAUACCCUGAAUCUCAAACUUCUGAAGAAGGGCAUCUUGACUCGUAUUUAUGCUCCCAUGGCCAUUAUUCAAGCAAUGAGGGAAUCUGGGGUUUUCAGUUCAGUAAUUGCUUCAGCAGAGACGGGCCUUUCAAAGGAAAAGUUUUUAUCAUCCGUUGAAAGUAGUAACACUACUAGAGGAGUUAAAUCCGGAAUAGUCUCAUCAAGAAAGGUUGGCAAUAACAGUGAAUCUCAGGCAACUGCAAGAAGGGUCUUGGAGUUUUCUAAUGAUGCGACUUAUACUUCUGCAGUUACACCACAAUCUCCUCCCGGCCUGGAUGACAUUGACUUUGAUACAACAUUACAGACUACGGUCGAGUGAUGCCUAAAUCUUACCUGGCUUCAGUGUUGAAGAAGGAUCUAAUUUUGAAAUGUUAGCAAAAGAGAACUGAAGGGAGUGUUGUGAUGUGGCAUCAUUGUUCAGUUUUGUGGAGCUCUUCCCGAUCAUUACCCAAGCGCUGGUGUACAUUUCAGGUUUAGAUUAUAGGUUUUAUAGAGUUAGAGAUGUAGAGCGGGAUUCAAUUCCAUUGCUGAAGCUUUUUUUCUUCUUAUUAUUUUAGUAAAUGGUAAUAUUUCUGAGAAUGCUUUGGGUUA